UAGGGGGCGGAGCAGGAUAAUUGUCGUCAGGACAUGGCAUAAACAGGUGAAGUGACGUGUCCGGAAUACCCACGGAAAUCUGGAUUAGCUAUCGAUGCUGGCCGACGACAACGACUCAGCCAUGUCAGACAGCCUGCCGGCACUGCAGGGCCAGCGCAGUGCGGCACGGCGCGGCGGCCGGCUGGGCUUCUUCUCCAGCCGCGGAUCGCCGUGGUCGACCGAGCCCAGUGAGCAACUCCAGACGCGUCGCUCGAGUGACUCGAACCUGCGCCGCACGUCGCCGCAGCCGGUGCCGGCCGACUCUGGCGAGGGCCGCAGCUACGUCGGCGUGCUGCGGCGCAUCAGCUCGAUCCUGUCCGGCGGUCCGCAGGCGGGCGAAGGCGAGCUGAAGCAACACUGGCUGCCAGACUCGGUCAGCCGCGAGUGCUACGACUGCGGCGACAAGUUCACUACGUUCCGGCGCCGUCACCACUGCCGCAUCUGCGGCCAGAUCUUCUGCUCGCGCUGCUGUAAUCAGGUGAUUCCGGGCAAGGUGAUGGGCUACAGCGGUGACCUGCGCGUCUGCACCUACUGUUCCAAAGUGGUGAUGACGUACGUGCAGAACAUCACGUCGGGCGCGGACGCCGACGAGCUGGUCGACCUGAAGUCGGUAUUGGAGAAGGUGCAUGCUCAUCUGGAGACGGCCAACCAGCUGAGCUUCGAGCGCUCCAACUCACUGCCACGCCUCAGCAAACCACAGCGGAAGAAGUACAGCUUAGGCAUGCAGGACAGCGGCAUCCGUGAGCUAGAGGAAUCUCAGGAGAGCAUUGCGGACCCGCAGGAGGAGGAGCAGGACCUGACGUAUCUAUCCACGCUUGUGCACAUGAUAAUCAACCCCAUCCAUGGCGUAGGGCUGGGUAACCAUCGGCACCGGCUCAAGAGCUAUAGUGCUUCCCUGGUCGGCUCAGAGCUGGUUGACUGGAUGGUCUCGCAGCGCAAGGUGACGAAGCGCACGCAAGCGGUGGCCAUCGGCCAGCGGCUGGUGGACAUGAAGCUGCUGACCUGCGUCAGCCACAGCACGAGCGCGUUCCGUGACGACUACUGCCUGUACCGGCCGUCCGAGGUGGCCAUGCGGCGGCCAGCGCUCUCGGAGCCGGACGAGCCGGACAUCGAGGAGCCGCACUGGCUCUCACAGAUCGAGCUGAAGGAGAGCUGCAGCGGCGGCGUGGCCACCGAUGAGCCGGCCGGCGCCCCGCUGGCCCAGUCCGGCUCUCUGUACGACAUUGAGUUGGAUGUGGCCGCCAGCGUGGUGUCCAUCUCGCGCGCGCAACUGCUGCGCCAGCUGACGCCGACCGAGCCGCUGGCGCCGGCGACGCGCGGCCUGGCCGAGCCGCCCGGCCAGUACCUGGAGUCGGCGGCGGCCGAGGCUGACCCGCGUCGACCGCAGGCCGACCAGCGCUGCACGGCUGCCUUCGAGGCGCUCGAGUCCAGCCUGCUCAGCCAGCUGCUCGACUCAGCCGGUCUGCCAGCCAAGUGGUACGAGCCGAUCCUGGACAUGUCACGCCAGAUCAGCCGACUCGUGAAGCCGGACGUGCGGCACGAGUGCGACGAGCUCGACGUGCGCCAGUUCGUCAAGAUCAAGCGCAUUCCUGGCGGCAAGCCGUCCGACUCAUCCAUUGUGCAGGGCGUCGUCUGUCGCAAGAACAUAGUGCACAACGACAUGCCGUCGCAGCUGACCAACCCGCAGAUCCUACUGCUGAACUGCCCCGUCUCUUACCAGCGCUACCAGGAGCGCAUGGUGUCGCUGGAGCCCAUGCUUAUGCAGGAGCACGAAGUGCUACGCAACAUCACCAAUUUGCUCAUCUCCUUCUCGCCGGACCUGAUCGUGGUCGAGAAACACGUGGAGAGUAUCGCGCGCCAGAUGUUGCUGAAGGCCGGGGUCACGCUGGUCACCAAUGUGAAGCGGCAGGUGCUGGCGCGGAUUGCGCGCUGCACUCAGGCCGACGUGAUGGGCUUCCUGGAUGCGCAGCUGUCGCAGCCGGCACUGGGAAUCUGUCACUCGUUCUACACCAAGCAGUUCACCAUGGAGGGUGGCCACAAGAACACGCUCAUGUUCUUUGAGGGAUGUCCGAGUCACCUGGGCUGCACGGUGCUGCUACGCGGCGGCCACAUGAACCAGCUGCGGCGCGUCAAACAUGUGUUGCGAUUCAUGGUGUCUGUGCAGUACAACUGGCUACUACAAAAGAGCUAUCUGCGAGACCUUGUGGCCAUACCGCCGCCGUUCGGUAACCACGUGAUUCUGGACCGGGCUGAGACGAACGACAUCGCUCUGGUGGGGCAGGCGGUGCCGGACGGCCGACACGGCAGCCCAGCGGAGGCGGGCGACAGGUCACGGUCGGAAAGUGUGCAGUCGGAGGCAUCCGUAGAGCGCGGAGCCAAGUGCGCGGAUGAACGGCUGCGGUCUCCCCGCCGGCCUGGCGAGGUGGUGACCGACCGCAGUGAUCCGCUGCACAGUCUGCCGACUGGUGAGGGCGAGGCGUCCAUCAUCCAGCCGCCUCGACUCCGCGUCGAGUCGCUGCCCGACCGUAACAAGUUUCGUAAGCUGCUGGGCGACACCAUUGUGUGCUGCACGCCCUACGCCAAGGUGUCAAUGCCGUACCUGGAGACAGAGGAGGGUAAGCAUAGCAGCCUGCGACGCUUUUUCACCGCCAACUUGUACUGGACCGUCGAGUUCGACAAGGCGGAGAAAGCGCGGCGCGCCCACGUGAAGAAGGCCCAGAUUGAGACGCGGGCUGAGCCGCUCCUGUUACAGGCGCACGAGUUUGUGUCGCACACCUUCACGCGUGGGGUUGAGUUCGAUGAGACGCAGGCCCUGCUGGCCGACUUCCGCGGGCGUGGAUCCCGCUGCCCGAAGGUGGAGCCGGCCGAGGUGCGGCCGGUCGAGGCGGCACACGACCGCCUGGAGGACUGGGUGGUACCGCGCGACGCGCUCAGCCCCAUCAACCACCAGAAGAUCGCGUUCCAGACAUACACAUACGCCAAGCUGCCGAGCGGCGUGGCGGUAGGCUGUUGUGACCCGCACAUCAUGGUCAUCAUGUUCAACGGCGACAGCGACACCACGCUCGGCUCGUUCCUGGAGACGGAGUGCUUCACGCCGGCGUUCAAGUGUUUGAAGAAGGAGUGCGUCGUUCCGCAGGAGGGUCACGUGCAGCGCUUCCUGCACGACAACAGCUGCGUCUCGAUGUUCGUGCAGUCGCUGGCUGAGUCUUGCCCGGAAAAGAAAACCUGGAUGUGGACGUGGUGCCGCCAGUGUGACCGCGGCACCGCCGCCCGGCCCAUGACCGAGGAUACAUGGACGCUCUCCUUCGGCAAGUUCCUAGAGACGUUUUUCCUGUGCGAGCAGUACUCGUCGCUGGAUGGCUGCGAGCACAGCCUGUUCCGUGACCGUGCGCACUACUUUGCGCUCGGCAACAAAGUGGCCGUGUUCAGCCACACACCGAUCCAACUGAACGACAUCGUGCUGCCGCAGUUCGACAUCGCCGUGGAACUGGGCUCGCUGACGCAGCUGCGGCUCACGGAGGAGCUGCACGUGCUCUCCGAGGGUGUCCAGCUCUUCAGCAACAUUGUGGAGCGGCUGCUGUCGAUGCGCGCCGCCUGCAGCGACGUCAAGGUGUGCGAGGUGCUGCGUGCUUCGCAGGAGGAGGUGGCUGAGGAGAAGCUGGCUUUCCGCGCGCUGCUGACCACCAUCGAGACGAUGCUGGCGCCGCUGGUGGGUGAGGCCGAAACGGCCGACCGCCGGCUCGACGAGACCCAAGUCUUCGCCGCCACAGACCGCGCCGUGCAGGCCAAGCGCAUGAUCGCCGACACCGUGCACAAGUGGAACGGCCGCCUGCUGGAGCUGGCCAAGUCCAUCAAAGCGGUGCCCCGACCGAAGGCGGAGGAGUCCGGCAGCGACGCCGAUAAGCCUCCGAGGAAAUACUCGGCAGAUCAGAAGUCAGCUGACAGCAGUCCACUGGGGAAACGGCUGUCAGGCGAACAGAAGCUGACGCUUGAGCAGCGGCAGAAAGAGGCGGGGGAGCUUGAGACGAGUGGCGCGGAGGACGCCGCCGACAAACCGUCGUCGAGCAAGGUUAAGUCGAUCACAGCUGGUGGCAUCAAGGCACUCAAGUCGCUGGCCUGGUCGAGCACCGAGCUGGGUGAGCGUCUGUCGUCGCCGUUGCCGGCCAACGAGCAUCAUCGCCUGCCUCCAACCGUGCCGCCCUCGUUCAUCUCGGGGGACGACAUGGGCUCCAUCAUCUCGUACUGCAUGUUGACUUCCGAGUACAGCCGGCGGCUGGCCGAAAUUCGCUUGCAGCUGGAGCAGUGCGACGGUCCCGCUGACGAGGCGGAGCGGGCCGGCUCACGCGGCGCCCAGCGCCUCAAUGACUCUGUGUCAGUAGCUGCCACCGAGACCAGCACCGGCUCGGAGCGCACAGAGCGCGGUGAGAAGUACCUGGCUCAGUACCACAUCGAUAUCAACAUGUCGGACGACAACGCCAACUUCUACUGCCAGGUACUGCUGGCCGAACACUUCCGCCGACUACGUCAGGCCAUGUUCUCGGCCGGCGAGGAGCGAUUCGUCCGGUGCCUGAUGCACUGCAAGCCCUGGAACGCCAAGGGCGGCAAGUCCGGCUCCACGUUUCACAAAUCCUCCGACGACCGAUUCGUCAUCAAAACCAUCUCCAAGAUUGAGAAGGACCACUUCGUGCGGUUCGGUAUCAAGUACAUUGAGUACAUCCUCGACAGCCUCACCGCGGGACGGCCGAGCGUGCUGGCCAAGAUCCUCGGCGUGUUCCUGGUGGGCUACAAGAACAACAUCACCGGCUCGGCCAAGAAGUCGUACGUGAUUGUGAUGGAGAACCUGCUGUAUGGUCGCCAGGUCAGCCAGAAGUUCGACCUGAAGGGCUCGCUGCGCAACCGGUUGGCUGACACAAAAGACAAGUCGGAGGUGGUGUUGCUCGACCAGAACAUGGUGACCCUGCUGAGCGAGAACCCGCUGUAUGUGCGGCCGCACGCCAAGCGCAUCCUGAUGGAGGCGAUCUCUCGCGACACCUUCUUCCUGCAGACGUGCCAGGUGAUGGACUACUCGCUGCUGGUCGGCAUGGACGAUGCGCAGCGCUGUCUGGUGGUCGGCAUCAUUGACUAUCUGCGGUCCUACACCUACGACAAGGCGGUGGAGACCUACAUUAAGUCGUACAACAUCCUGCUGGGGGAUGGCAACAACCGACCGACCGUGCUCGACCCAGUGCGCUACAAGACCCGCUUCGCCGACAUGAUGAACAAGUACUUCACGGACGUACCGGACCGCUGGCUGGGGUUCGCCCAGGGCAUGGGGUUCCUAUGCUGACCUUGCUCUAGCGGCACUGCUUUUCACGAUUGUGCACCAUGGCUUGCGAUCGAAGAUUUGUUACGCUAGUCGCGGCCGGCAAAACGCGAUGUACCGUAGUCUGGUCGGGUCGUCACAUGGAGUAAGGACUCGGCUCAUAUAAGCACCGAUGUGUGCUCACGCGCUGCGUCUUUCCUCAGGGCAUCGUAUUAGGUCACUCUCUUGUUUAUUGUAUGACUGUGUGUUUUUGUCCGGAGGCGCGGGAAAAUGGUACGUGUGGUCCAUUCCAGUCCGGCUAGACCGGCUUGUGUAUCGCCCGUUAUCCUGCAACACAUACCAUAGUACCAAAGUUCGGGGGGGGGGGGGGGCUGUCGACGCCUGUGAAUGCUACCGAAGCGAUAUUGUUGGUUAACCAUUUUGGCUGUGAAUGUGAAGUGUCAGCACUGUGUAGCGACUGGAGGCACUUUAAAACAUCCAGAGCCUAUAGCUUCCAAUGGUAUGUCGACCGAAAUCACAGCAUCCAGCGUCCGUAACGUCCAACAAUAUUCCGACGUGCCGCGAUAGAAGAAAAUCACAGACAAACGAGCUCGCAGCAUCCAACAUCAGAAUAGUUCAAGUUUCUUGCACUGUCUACCCAUCACGCUAGCGUCGUCAUUCGUAAGUCGAUGGAGAAGAUAGUGAACAUCCGACUCGCAUUGUUUUUACGCCAGCAUAACAUUAUCAAUAACGCGCAGUGCGGUUUUAGACAGAAUCGUAGCACGAUAAACCACCUACACUCGGCCAGCGGCAUUUCUCUCCGUAUCGAGAUGCGGGCGCUGCAUAUGCCACAUCCACCAUGGUUUCUGAUUUUGCUGGCUGAAAUAAGGGAACAUACGUUGGUACCAGAGUGAUCCGCUUGGAGGGGAUGGAGCAUGUGUAGUACGAGGGACUCGUGAUAACUUGCACGAACAGAUCCAAUAUUGGAGAUGGUGCCGGCUGUGCGUUAGUGGGUGGAAGCCCUCAGUGUUGGCGCCACGGAUAAGGAGUUUGG